CACGUAUUUUGGCCCUGUUCGCGCAUGCGCUUCUCGCUCAGCUUGUUCGGCUGCCCCGGAAAUAAUUGGUUGGCAUUAGCAACGUUUCGGCCGAGCCAGGCCUGAAUACAGAUAGAGCAGAAGAAAGAGAAACAAACAGACAGAAAACACACUGAAGAACAGGCAAACUUCCCUGUUAAGCCUCAUACUGAGAUUGUGAGGCAAGAGAGACUGUAACAGAAUGACAAGCUCCUCCACCCCUAGAAUGCACACGUACAAGAGGACUUCCAGCCCUCGAUCACCAACGAAUACAGGAGAGCUUUUCACACCAGCACAUGAAGAAAAUGUGCGCUUCAUCCAUGACACAUGGCUUUGUGUUUUGAGAGACAUUAAAUCCCCACAAAAUAGUGAACGUAAUGAUCGUGGACCACAGGAGUAUGUGGAGAAAAACCCAAAUCCCAACCUACAUUCUUUUAUACCAGUGGACCUGACUGACCUUAAGAAGAGGAACACACAAGACUCCAAGAAGUCUUAGACCAUUCCCUCUCUUUCUGAUCCAGCAGUUUUUUUGUCCUCCAUUUUACAUUUGGGACCUUUUUACUCUCUCAGUCUUCUGUCAGCCAACAAAGAGCCACGAGCCGGAAUUUUUGGCCAUCCCAGUCCAGAAGCUUCUUCUCUUCUCUGCCUCAUGGACCUGUGGUCUGGACUUACAGGCUGACGUCUAUUGAUGAGUUACAGUUUCAAGAGCCGUUUGAGUGGCCAUUCCCUGUUUUUCAUGUUCAUCCGGGCUCUCUGAUCUUACAAAUGGGAAAACAACAAAGACCUGUUUCAGGAUUUUUUUCUUUCUCCCUAAUUUUGAGUUUAGAUGAUUCUUCAUGUGCAUUUUUUAUGUUGAGAUGACAAACGGGAAAGGCACAGAACAGUUAAACUGUUGGACCGACUCUAUACAGACUUUCUCUAAAUGAGAUGAUGCAGUCCUGGAAUUUACUCAUUUUUCAAACCAUCUUCAUCAACCGCAGAGGAGCGACUGACUGACUGUUCAGUUAGUGUCAUAGAUUGAUUGAUUGAUUGAUUGAUUGAUUGAAUAGAAGAAUUAGAAAGUUUUGUCUGAUAGGACAGGUAAGUUUGGCUCGGCGAAGAUUUUUAGUAGAUGUACCUCCAUUUUUAACUAUGAAUUGAUACCUUCAAGAACUUUAAUUAGACUUUUCCAGAUCUAUCGUUCCCAGACUUUAAAAUAAAAUUAAAAUAAAGGUUACUUUUAUGUUA